AUGAAGUCUUAUUUUGUGGUCUCAACUUUAUGCAUUUUUGCGUUGUAUUGUGAAUUCUCAAAUGCUGAUGAAAUCGGUAAGUUAUAUUAAUAUGCUAAUAUGCAGAAAAUAUACAGUGCUUUACUGUUUGUUGCAAUGUUUCCCCAAUUGGUUUGCCUGUUUUAGCAUGACAGAAACACGUUAAGGUAACAUAUUAUAGUCCAUAGAAUUGCACAUAAUUUUUCUCUUCUUGUUCUUCACAUCAAGUGGUUUUCAUCUGUAAAAUCAUGGGUUCGGUUCUCGCUAUAAACUAUAACUUCAUGAGUAUUGUUUCAAAAUACAGCGCUUAUGUAAAAAGAGUGAAGAGUCGCGGGUUUUCUCCAGGUGCUCUAGUUUCUUCUCACAGGGAAAGUUUACAGGGUGGGUUAGGAUAAACAUAGUUGAGAAAAUAAUAUCAUAAUUGUUGUAAAGAUAAAAUAGUCUGGGCUAAGUAUGUAGUUAGUUAAGCGUUUAAUAAUUGCAUGUUAUUAAACGCAGAUUAACCCAUCAAGUAGCAGUGGUAGAACCUAGCUUAACCCUUUAAGUGGCCAUGCGCCCCGAGGUGCCAGAAAAUGAAAACCAGGAGAAUUUGAUGAAAAUCAGGAGAAAGUGAUACUGUAAUGUUCACAAUUUUAUUGAAAAACCUCACAGCUAAGCAAAACUAGACAGAUCAGUGAACACAACGUCUUUUCAUCUCAAUAUCUUCCAUGUGUCCUGUCACAUGACCAAUGUGACUUGCCACAUGACCAAUGGUACAAAUACAACAGUUCAUAAAACAUUGAUUUCUUGUUUAAAUUUUCUUUACUGAAUUUUAGUUUUACAACUUUUGCUUAGAUUUUCUUGCUCCCUUUAUGUUUUAGAAGAAUGCCCUGAGUUUAAACCUGUCGGAUGUUUCAAGGAUAGAAGCCGAAGCAAGAACCGUGCUCUGGGUCGUUUGUUGAUUACUGACAGAGACCGCAGUGACAAAAAGCGCUAUUCUGGCAAAGACAUCGAUUGGUUUAAUUACGGAGUUUACAUACACGAGUAAGUUCCUUAAAUACAGACAAACCUCUCCCGUAUUAGAGAGGUGUCCUUUUUGAGAGGCGUCUGCGUGUAAUAGAGGGGUAUCUGUAUUAGAGAGACGUCUGAAUGUAUUAGAGAGAUGACCGUAUUACGGAGGUGUCCGUAUUGGGGAGGUUUCUGUAUAAGAGAGCUGUCCGUAUUAGAGAGAGAUCCGUAUUAAAGAGGUGUCCGUAUUAGAGACAUGUCCGUAUUAGAAAUAUAUCUACAUUGAAGAGAUGUUCGUAUAUAAAAGGUAUUCAUAUUAGAGACAUGUUCGUAUUGAAGAGGCGUAUGCAUGUAUUAGAGAGGUGUCGGUGUUAUUCGAGAGAUAUCCGUAAUAGAAAGGUGUCCAUAUUAGAAACGUGUCCGUAUUAGAGAUAUAUCUACAUUAGAGAGAUGCUCGUAUAAGAAAGGUAACCAUAUUAGAAAGAUGUUCGUAUUACAGAGGCGUCUGCAUGUAUUAGAGAGGUGUCCGUAUUAUAGAGAUAUCCGUAUUAGAGAGAUAUCAGUAUUAGAGAGGUUUCCAUAUGAUUAUCAGAGACGUGUCUGCAUUAGAGAGGUCAGUUUGUAUAAGAAAGGUGUCCAUAUUAGAAAGAUGUUCGUAUUAGAGAGGUGUCUGUAUUAGAGAGGAGUCGUCCGUAUUAGAGAGGUGCCCACAUGUAUUAGACAAAUAUUUGUAUCAGAGAGGCGUCCGUGUUAAAGAUUUGUUCGUAUAAGAGAGAUGUCCAUGUUAGAAAGGCGUCUGUAUUAGAGAUGUUUCUAUAUUAGAGAAGUGUCUGUUUUACAAAGGUGUCCAUAAGACCAGUUUCUACAGUAUUAUAAAAUGUAUAGUUCCCACACUUUCAUUUCAUCUGGCAACAUGUUCUUGAAUUUCAAUACAGUUUGGCUUGUCGUUGUGCGAAAUUCGCAAAAGAAAAAGGUUUCAGUCAUUUUGGUCUGCAGUUUUAUGGAGAAUGUUGGAGCGGUCCGACUGCAGGGAUUACUUACCUAAAGUAUGGAGAGAGUGCUCAAUGUGCUAAUGAAUAUUUUGGUGCUUGUGAGGACCCGGAUGAAGGGGCAUGCAUCGGACGGGCAAACGCUAACUUUGUGUAUCAAUUGAGUGGUUAGUAUACUUCGUCUUUAUAUUUAUAUUUAUAUAUAUAUAUAUAUAUAUAUAUAUAUAUAUAUAUAUAUAUAUAUAUAUAUAUAUAUAUAUAUAUAUAUAUAUAUAUAUAUAUAUAUAUAAAAAGGCGGAUUGAAGCUAGUACCAGUCUUUGAACCUAUUUUGUAUUUAUUUUGCGCGAUUUCGAAACUGAUUAACUUCAAUGUUCUUGAGAAAGUUUUUUUGUGUACUUUUCAACCAUAGAACUUAUUUUUCUGAGAGCUACGUUGGAAUUUUAAAUUUUCUAUCAGUCAUACAAAUUUAUAUUCAAAUAUCAGAAAAUUAAUUUAAAGUUUAAUAAUAUAAAAGAAUACAUAUAGUUUGUCAUGAUAAACACCCCUUAUAUAUGUUGUGAUAUUAUAUAUAAAAUAUAGUGGGGCGUGUUGUACAUUUUGUGCAGAAAGCACCAUAUUGACAAGAUCUGAUGUGUAGACUUUGACACAAGUAAUCAGAUGUGGAGGCAUCUGUACAUGUGAAAUUAACGCUAAUAACCAAAAAAGGUGGAAUUCCUGACAUUUUAAUUUAUUAUAAAUUUCUAUUACUGAUAGAAAUUCUAAAAUUCUAAGUUAGCUCACAGAAAAAAUAAGUUGUAUGGUUGAAAUGUAUACAAAAAACUGUCUAUAAAACAUUAAAGCGGUUUUUUUUGCAAAUAUUUCCUGAGUUGCAACCUGUUAAAAAGGGGAAUUGAAGCUAGUGCCAGUCUUUGAACCUAUUUUGUAUUUAUUUUGUGCGAUUUCGAAACUGAUUAACUUCAAUGUUCUUAAGAGAGUUUUUUUGUGUACUUUUCAACCAUAGAACUUAUUUUUCUGAGAGCUACGUUGGAAUUUUAAAAUUUCUAUCAGUCAUACAAAUUUAUAUUCAAAUAUCAGAAAUUUAAAGCAGUGUUUUAUCAGAUAUAAAGAUACGAGGCGAUACGAUAUAAUCCCCGGGAUUAUAUACCGCUACUUCAAUUAGGGCUGUCCACAAAUAAAGCGGAAAAGUCGAAUACGAGCGCUGGGAAUCGCUAUGAAAAUUCAUUAAUUUUUUAGCGGUUCCCAGCAGUCUUUCGCGCUCGCAUUCGACUUUUCUGCUUUUCUGCUUUUCUCGUGAACAACCUUAAAUUGAAAUAGCUGUAUAUCAUCCCGGCGCACUUCCAUGAGUGGUAAUUUAACUAUCAAUAUGACCUUUAACAAGAGCUUCAUUAAAUUUUUUACAGUCACACCCGCAAGUGGCAGUGGUGAUUCUUCUGUACUAGAAUAAGAAGACGUUGCACAUUAUACGGCACAUUACUCAUUAGAGAAAACUACUAAAUUCCCUUCAAACCAAGUAAUGUAUCUAAUUCAACUAAAUUGUCCUGUUGCACAUACAAGUAAGGAAUGGUUUUCCGCUAUGCGUAUACCAUAGACACGGAUAUAAUGUAAUUUAAUAAUGUUUUAUGUAAUUUAAUAAUCUUUUGAAUUCUCUUUUGAGAUUUUAAUUAAAAUAUAUUUUCGCCGUUAGGCGUUACUGUUCGUUUUCGUUCGAGUUGUAAAUAUUUAGUCGUCGUUUAGUUCAGUUCUCGCAGAAUAAAAAUAAUUUUAGUUUGUUUAAAUUCAGUUAAAGUUUAGUUCCAGUAUUUAUCUCUAAAAUCAGUUUGGUUUUAGUGGACUAAAUUAUUUUGGCAUGACUAAAAUAACACCAGUUAUAGCUAGUUAUAGUUUAUCCUAAUUAGUAGCAAGGCUGUAUGCUAAUGCAAAUGUCAUGAUAUACAGUAGUGCAACCUCGCAAGCCAGGGUCUUUUACUUCCGAGCGCAGGUUAAAGACCCUGGUUUGCGAGGUUGGAUAUAGUCCUGACAUCCAUAUUUCAAAUCCCGGGACCCGGGUGACAUGAUCAAAUCGCCAUGUGAUAUUUUUUACGUCAAAUACGAUGACGUAAGGCGCCACAUUCGAUAAUAAAUUUCAUGUUCACGUGGCACAAAUUUAGCCUUAAGAUUGGGCACUUUGAAUUUAAGGUGUAAUAUUAUCAUAACAAAUAAUAUUUGUUUUGAAGAGGCAUAUAGUUUGAAAUUAGCUUAACUAGCCAAUUUUUCCGGAUUUUCACCAAUUCCAAAAACCCAUUUCAACACAGUUGAUAGACUCUGAUUCCAAUUCAAACAGCUACAUGUAUCUCGCUCAAUAUAUUGCAUGUAAAUUCAAGCGUUAUAUAUCAAACUCUAAAUCCUUUCUGAAUGUAAUGAUCGUUAUUUGCUUGCGAUAGCUUUUAUAGCUUUUACGUUACAUGAAAUCAGACGUGUCCAGUUUUAUUUAGUUUGGGACACCCGGUAGAAGAUCCUUCAACAUUGAACCUAUGGGGUGAGACUCCCAUAAAUAAGCUCGCGAGCUUAUACAAAUCAAUUAAAUCGUUUCAGCUAAUUGCAUGCUAUUCAAAACGCAGAAAUGCAUGGACUAUAGGGGCGUUCUAAGUCGUGUUUACACUACAAGCCCUGGUCUAGCCUUGCCUGGCCAAGGCCAGUCCAAGGUAAAUGUGACGCGUUUACAACAUUACACAAUUUUUUAGAGACUGGUCUACUAUGACCUAGAAUUUUGUAAUUAAUUUUGUGUAUUUUUAUGUGUUGUGACGUUGUCCGCUGGUUGUCCGCUAAUCUCUCACUGUGGACACACGUUGCCAUGAAAAUAAGGCCCAGGCCAGGGCCGAAAGUGUUUACAUUUCCACAAGCCUAGGCCACCGGUUGUAGUGGGCCCAGAUUUACUGGCCUAGGUCAGGCCAAGGCUAGGCCAAAGUCUGUUUACACUGUCAAAAUGUAGCCGGCCAAGGCUGGUAGUGUAAACAGACCUUAUGAUUUUAGGAUGGCAAGAAUUGAGUAAUUACAAUGUAUGAAUAAUUUAGACAUUGUCCCGCUCUUUUUACAACGCUAAAUCACUGAUUUUCACGUCUUGAUACAACGGCUGCAUUCCAAGCCACAACAAGUGCAACUUCAAACUGGGUUUAGCAAUACUCUUCCCAACCAUAACCCCAAUGUCUUCAACUUCUAAAACUGUAUUGAAUUCAUACGAUUGAUAAUAUAUGACGAACUACCUUUACUACCAUUUAUUUGAAGGAGUUUGUUUUGGCCGUUGCCGUCCCGUUACCGUUCUAAAAUCGUAAGGUCUCUAUUAGGUGGGAUGCGCACACCCACGGUAAUCCACCCCUGCAUGAGUUCCAUCGCUCAAUCAACUUCCAAAACCGAGAACCCCACAUUCAAAAUAUUUUAUUUCCCAGAUCCAAGUUAUGAAUUCUUAUUUUGUGCUCGCAACUUUAUGCAUUUUCGCAUUGUAUUGCUAUUUUUUCAUUCUGGAGGACCGUACCCUGUUCCAAACGAAAAGUCGGUGGAGGAUCCGGUUCCAAAGGACAAGCGGUCAGUAAGGUUUAUGGUAAUGGACUUUACUGUUUGUUGCACGUUUGUGCCUUGGCUUGCACACACUUGAAGGUUACGUCUAGUGUGUGAAAUUAAAUUUUUUUGUCAUUAUCCCACUGGGAUACAAGCAUGGGCGGACCGGAAGGAAAAAAUUAGGGGGGCGGAAGAAAUUUGCCCGACUUUUUCGGAUUUUUCCGGAACAAUUAAUUUUGGCGAUCUCAAGCAAGUUAGGGGUUCAAAAAGUUUUCGGACAUAACAAAAUUUUUCGGAACAUCAAACUAAUUUUCCCAAACAUCACAAAAUUGACAUAAUUUCUCGCAAAAUUGACAGAAUUUGUCCCAUUUAUUUUUAUAAUAACCCAAUAUUGCCCAUCUGUGAAGCGAAUAUUGCCCAACUGGCCUUGUUUGCCCAACAAAAUGGGGUUAUUAUUAAGAGAGAUUUUAUUGCUUUGACUACUUUUUGCCCGACUUUUGCCCGACUUUUGUUGAACAUUUGCCCGACUUUUCGACUUUGUAAUCUUUUUGAGGGGCAGCUGCCACUCCUGCCCCCCCCCCCGUCCCGUACGCCUAUGGAUACAAGGAUUCAAAGUUCUCCUAUCCCAUCUGAAAACCAGGGUUGUUUACCAUUUACAUGGAAAUUCCGGUGAUUCCAUACGGAAAGUAAAUGGAACAAGCAUAUUUCGACGGCCCAACCGGAACUUUUCCGGAAUAAAUGGUUUGUUUGAAAAGGUUGUCCUCUCUUACCGAUUGGAAAGUUUCAACCGGUAAAUGUUGUUCCAUUUACAUUUUUAAUUUUUUUUUCACCAGUUUCAG